ACCUACGACAACUUUGUUUCGUUAGUUGCAAAAUGUGUAUGGCAGAUAAGAGAUAAAGAUAGAAGAGGUAAGAUAUGGAACGAACAAAUAAAACCAGCAACUUUUGAGUUAAAGAAAACCAUUGACGCCUUAGUUGUACUUGCAGGUCAAAUUUCAAUGUACAAUGCUAAAAUGAACCCACAAUGUUCUAAAUGUAAAGCAGCAAUGAGGAAAUAUAACUACUCCGUCAAAGAGAUAGAACGUAUGCGAAACGACUAUGCAGAUUUAAAGAAAGAAGCAGAAAAACCAGCAGAAGAUAAAAUGAACAUGUUAGAAUUUCUGAACAAAAACUAUCCAACUGCUGACGAUUUCCUUCUAUCUGACGUCAAGAAGAAGUAUAAAGAAACUUUCGGUAUCGUUAAAACUUUUGACAUACUGACAGAAGAAAUAGAAGCUACGAAAUUGUUUAGAGUCAUGAACCAUCGCAACAUAUACCAUGUAAAACGCUUGUAA